AUGGGCAAUGUCGUGUCGUGCCCUGGAUGUACCCCCGGGAAACUGCCCAUGUUCCAUGCGCUUCUGACCAAGUCGCCGCCGCCUCCCAAGACUCCGAUGCCGCACCCAAAGGAGGUGCACAAGGCGUACAUGGAGCUGUUGAGGUGGAGAGGACUCGAGCCCGACGCGUGCGAGUACUUGUGCCGCGCGGAAACGUCCGAGUCUCAAUGGGUCCAUGUUUGCUUGUCUGUCACGAGUGCCAUCGCAACGUUCGGGACUUACACUAGCCGUUCAUGUAGUGCCAAGCUUGUCUUGACAACCACGACCAAUCCAACGCACUGCGUUGAGCAGAUCCUGACGUUGCAGUACCGACGAGACCUUAUCCUGGACAACUUGUCUCUGCUGCGCACCUUCAUCGCACGCUCAUCAAAAGCGUGGGUCGCCGUCUUCAUGGACGUCCGCGGGCUGGACGUGCUCCAGUCUUUUCUUCCCCAGCCAACCACGCCUAGGGUCGAAUUCAACACAACUCGAGGCCACGCAGUGUUGCUAGUGCUAUGGCACUUGUGCCACUUUCAGUCGACGUUGGUGUGUCUGGCGCAGGCCGAGAGCCAUGGGUGUCUCUUGAGCUUGUGUCUUUGUCUGACUGUCCGACCCGACACCCUCAAGCUCAGGGCUGUGCGCAUUCUCAAUCUGGUGAGUCUCGCCAGCCCCCAAGGCAACGUCGCGGUUGUGAAGGCGCUGCAAGCGCUUGAUUCCAUCACGCUUGUCGUGAAUGUAAUUGCCGAUAUGAUCCACGAGACGUCGCCUCCGACGCUGCUGGACGAAGUGUUCCGCCUAGUCAAGAUGUUGCUCCUACUGGAAGACGACCCGUGGCUCCGUCGCGUUCUCACAGAAUCGGAGACGUGUACCACAUUAGUAGACUUCCAUGCGUGCCGCGAGGGCGUCGCGACAGUCCAAUUGCAUGCGGCAGAGUGCCGAGACUUGAUGAAAACACCCACCACCAUGGUUUACACCCUGCACCAACUCAUGGCACGGGCCAAACUCGCUAAUACCGAAGAUGUCCUGGUCCAAAUUGCCCAUAAGCUUAUCGAAAUGACGUCAAGGGAUGCCGCGGCUUGGCAAGCUGUUGUAGAUCACCUGACGGCACCUCCAUUUACGCCACCCAUCGAGACAACAGCUGAUGCAGCGACGAAGCCUCCCCCGACCCCGCCGCCGUCCACCCACCCUACUAUACGCUCCGCUGAAUUGAUCGCCGUGGAGGACCACCCCAAGUACGCCAAGUACUUCAAAAUGCUUCAAGUGCGCGUUCCAGAAGAUCUCGUGCGUCAACGCAUGAUUGCAGAUAGCGUCGACGACCGCAUUUUGGACUCGCCCCACCUCGUCGUGUCCGCUGUCGACGGCUAUUCCGACACGGAACCAUCGCCGCCGAUGUCGUUGCCGCCAACGCCAUGCCAUGUAUCUAUGGCUUCAAAUCCCCAAGGAGAAAACCACGCUCAAGAGGAUGGAGGAAACACAACUCUUUGCACCCGCCACGGCGUACUGAGUGACAUCCACUGCACGCAAGUGCUCAGUGUCCUGGCCAAGCUCCCAUGGCCGCUCGCGCACCUUGGUCACGUGAUUCAGUCGGGCGACGAGUCGACCUUGACAAGCAAAAUCGUGGACAAGUUGCUCGUACUGCUAGCGAUUCCGUCCACGUUGGAGAAGGACGCGAUUCAAAAUAUUCUACAAGGCACUCACAGUUCGACUUGUCGCGAUGCCGAGCGAGCCGUAGCCGUCGUACUGGCGCUGGCGGAACUCAUCAAAUGCUGGCAAAUCUACUGGCAAUUUCCUGUCACGUUGCAUGACUUCCAAGCCAAGUGCUCGCUUAUCCACGACACGUGCAACGAACUCAUCCAUUCUGCCGGCUUGCUUGAGAUUGUCCAAAUCGCGUGCAACUUAGAAAAGGCUACAGCAUUUGAGUGGCGCUUCCUUGCCAUGGACGAUGCCAACUACCCUGGUCUGAUCGAGCUGGUCCAUGCGGUGCAGGAGCUAGCGCCCCACCUUGUUCGAAUUGGGAUGUCCUUAGAGCGCCUUCCCAAGACAGUUGACAUCAAUUACGACGACAUGCACGUCGUCCUGGCAGCGCAAGAAGCAAAACUCAACACGGUUGUGGCGCAACUGCCCACCUUGAGCAAACACCCAUGGGCGGCAUUUGUCGAGUCGGCGUCGACGGAGCUCGACAAGUGCAAAAUAAAUCUCGAAACAGCUUGCGUGCUUCUCGGCGACACUGCGUCGAGAUUAUUUGGUCGAAGUGGUGCGGUUCCGACGUCCAAAUUAUUUACUGUUGUACAUCGCGUCAGUACUACCCUUGCUGAGGCAGACUCGAACGGGUAA